CUGGGCUGCAAAGCAAGUCCGGUGGCAAGGACCGCUCUCUCCCUUUUCAGGAUGUUUUCUCCCGGACUCUUGUUCAAUAUCUGGAUAUAUCUGUUGGAGCUUAACCGUAGACUUCGGAAAUAAUUACUAUUUGGGAAACUUUGGCGGCAGCGUAGCUAAUCAAAAAUAGCUAGUUAAGCGAACCGCGGCGAAGAUUAGCUAGCUAACUAAGCUAACAACCAUAACAUAUUUAAUGAGAGGAGGAGAGUGCGCUUUUCUGCACGUUUAUUUUAAGUCAGAGACGAGCCUUAGCUCUUUGACAAUGGUCUAGGUCUCUGUAACCGGCUUGCGUAAUUUGGGACCUCUAUGGGGCUUUAAAAAAGCUGCCGUUGGAGUACUGCAGCAUGGAUAAGAAUGAGCAUAAUUUGUUUUGGGUCUUGAGAUCGGUGCUGUUAUCAGUUGUGGGAGAUUGCUUUCAUUGAUUUCGCCGUUCCCUGAACAAAUACAGACUAUGAGGUUGCCAGGAAAUUUCUCAGAGGAGGUGUGUUAAGCUGUGAUCAUCGUUUACACUGACGAAGAAUGUCCGACUUCGAAAGUUCCAGUUCAUAUUUUGGCUUGGAGGAUCCGCAGUGGCUAUGCAUGGUCACACUUUUCAUUGCGUCCCUGGUUACUCUGAUACUGUAUUUCGUACAGUAUUUCCAACAAAGAGGUGUAGGAACCAAGCAGAGAGCAGCAGAGGACAAUGCGGCGAAGGAGGAAGCCGCCUCUCUGCUGGGAUGGGCGCUGUCACUGAAAAGCUGGAAAAGUCAGUGGAGAGCAGCUUGGUGCAGGGCUUUGAGUGACGAAUCAAGGAAGCGAGGGGGUCCUGUUCUGUUAGCAUUUGAAGAAGAUGAUGUUGAGGCAUCAGAGCUCAUGGUCAGCCAAGUGUCCAGCUUUCAGAAGUCUGCCAGAAACAAGGCUGCUUCCUGCAGUGUGCUUGGGGAGAAGCUUCAGUUCUCUGUCAGUGCAGCAUCGACAGGCAUGGCUACAGCAGAUCCUUGUAAAUACACAGUCUGUAUAGCCCCACUGGAGCUGCAGCUUGAUAUACAGAUGCAAGAAGCUGACAAUGAGAUCAAGUUGAGCUGGGGAGUGUCUCGCCUGGAAACAGGGGAGCUGCAGGUGACACCUACUUUCACCCAGGACAAUCCCAACACUUCCAGUGUAGCAGCCACAACAGAGCAGCUAAAGCAGCUGUUAUGUGUGACGCGUCCCUCUGUGUUGCUGAGCUGCAGGCCUGCUCAGGCCUCAGAGGUCAAGGAAGCCCACAACAACAUUGUUUCACCCCCAAAACCCCCUCGUGCCCACGACUGGAAGCUGCUGGUGAAGAACAUCAGGGUGACACUGAAUCAGGAGGAAGAUGCUGCAGGCAGCAUGAAUCCUCUGUGUGUACUGCAGUUAGACGAUCCUCCACAGAGGUUUAACACAUCUGUUCUGAAGAACAUAACCAAUCCUGCCUGGGACCAGCUGUUCAUCUUUGAAUUAAAUGGACUUUCAAAAGAGCUCAAUAUUCAGUUGAUGAAUGAUGGACAGCCUCAAGAGAAUUCCUUACUUGGUCAGGUGUCAGUGCCUUUUGAUCUUGUAAAGAAGCAGCCCAGAGGACACCAAACAUUUGCACUCAUGACCAAAGACAGAGUGACUGGAUCACUUACUACUGACUUUACCUACCUGGAGCCUAGUGAGGUGAGGUCCUGGCACCCUCCCACCCCAGCCUCCAGUAAGAGGGUGGAGAUGGACCGCACAGUCAUGCCCUGUGGCACGGUAGUCACUACCAUCACCGCGGUGAAGAGCAAGCCGGGUCGACCGCUCCCGCAUGGACUCAACAUAGAUCCUGCCCAGAAAGCAGUGGCCAACAAGCCCAAGCUGUCAGAGCGUCGUGUGUCCGAGCAGGCAUCCAUGCUGGGGGCCACAGUCAGCAAGGCCCUGUCCUCUUCUGAUACCGAGCUGCUGAUGCUCAAUGGCACAGACCCGGUGGCAGAGGCCGCCAUCAGACAACUCCACCAGUCUGCCAAGCAGAAGCUCAAGUCCCCAGUGAAGAAGAGUACCAUCAUCAUCUCUGGCAUUGCCAAAACGGCCCUGUCUCAGGAUGAUGAGCUGGCUCUGAUGGCGGGCUACGCUGCAGCGAUGGAUGCCUCGAUGUCAGAGGGCAGCUCUACUCAGGAUGUGACCACAGCGAUUGCAUCAGGGACCAGUAGUCCUCCAGAGGAGUCUGAGCCCCAGGAAGGCCCCAGCGGAAUAGGCCGGCCUCCUGAGGACUGGGAGAGCCAAACCGGAGAGGAACUUGACCAUACCUCGCUAUCCAUGUGUGUGUCUGAGGCGAGCUGCAAGAAGAGCAGAGGCAGCUUCCUUCAGAAGAGUGCCAAGCUCUUCUUCCGGCGGCGUCACCAGCGCAAGGACCCGGGGAUGAGCCAGUCACACAAUGACUUGGUUUACCUGGAGUCUCCGGCCGCGGUGGAGCGAGCCAGCCGAACAGCCACGCUUAGCCGAAUGCUCAACCGCAAGAGUAAGAAUAAGAGCAAAGUCAAUGGCUCUACCUCCAUGGGGCAGCCACAUGCGUGACCCCCCCCCCUCCUGUAAGCUCAGUCCCUCCUACAACAACUACCAUCACCACCACCACCUCAAACUUGCACUGGCAAACUUCCCGGCUAAGCCACCCCCCCCCCCCCCCCCCCCCCCAAGUGCCCAGCCUGCAAACUGGGGCUCCUGCAUCAUUGUGAAUGGGAAAGCUGUGUAGAUGGAAAAAUAUCCUCUUUACUGCCAUUUCCUGCUUCCUAUAAGAAGCAGAUAUUCCACCAAAAACAAGUGUGUGCAUGUGUGGAUGAAGGUCUGUCUUGGAUUAAUGGCAUUUCAGAGGAUAUUACUUUGCAUGUUUCUUUUAAUUGAUUUUUAUGCAACAUUUUGAAAUCUUUAAGUGCUUUUGUGGCCUUGUUACGGACAGAAAGGACUGGUGUGGGCCAUCACUCUUAACCUCACUGACGCUGAGGGUACAGAGUCAACUCUCCCUGCUGUAAACCGUAAAGCUUCCUACGGUGGACCAACAGGACCAAAGAUGAAGAGAAGAGUGGUAUUUGUAUGAUUUGCACAAUUUUAGUACCUUUGUUUAAAGUGCAAUGACAGGGGCUACUCUUGUGAUAGAGAUUCAUGUUAAAAGCAUUCACAAAGGGAGGUGAUCUUCAGUGCACGGCGGUGCAAAUGGGAGACAAUAACACGACUACUUUUUGACACUAAUACUAUGAAAUAUGGUAUUUAUAUUAGUUCAUUUAAUUUUUUUGAUCCCAAAUAAAACAAACAGCAGCUAUAUGUAAUGUGCAUAUAAAAGCUGUAAAACAAAGGAACUCACAAAAAUGUCAGCCUAACAAAGAUUUUAGAAGCAGUCAUGUGUGAUUGGCAUGUGCUGAGGUCACGUUAUCGCACAACACUGGCAUUAACAUAAGUUAACACCCCUCCAGAAAGAAAAGAAGAAGCGGUGACACUGUGGCCGACAGAAACUUUAGCUAUAUGUGAGGGUUUUUAUGUUUACUCCUCUCUGCAGUGUUUUCAAAUGAUAAGCAACGUUCUUCUUUGUCUUCCUAAAAGAUUCCUCCUGCACACUACUGUCAUCAGCAGGGUUGUUUAUGUGUCAAAAGGGAACUCAACGAACCAUUAUCCAGGGACUGUGACGUUACACUCGGCCAUUCUUGUUGCGUUGCGCACUAAUGAAACUUGUUCUAAGCUCAUUUCAAUCCUGCGUUUCAUCUGAACGGAAUCCUCAGUCUUUUAUUUGAUGUUUUGUCGUUUUUAAAAGAUGUAGCUUUGAACACAUGAACAAGAGAGAGUGUGAACACGUUUGAGGGCAACCACGUGGUUUGGCUGCUUUUUUUUAUCCAGCUAAUGAUUGUAUUUUUAUUUUUUUUGUAAGCAGCUUGUUGAAGACAUUUCUGUGCAACAUGUUAACUACUGUUUCUUCAAUAAGUUCAUCUGCUCAGAGAAUCGAUGCAGCACAGUGACAGACGGCACUAGCAGAUUGCCUUACAGCUAUUCUGAGGGUGAUGUCACGGGUGGACUUGUUCCUUGACUUGACUUGACUUCCCGAGGCUACAUCCACUGUCCCACCAGAGGAGUCAAGGACUGUAGCGAGCUAUUGGAAUGGCUCUGAGAGACAAGUGUGCCACCAUGUUCCUGCACCAUCAGUAAUGUCUAGAAUCAAGAAGCCUAUGCACAUAUCUGUUAACUGAGUGUUUACAUUAUUAGGCUGUCAGAAUUAAAAACACUCACUUGCUGUCUAUGACAACACUCUGCUGCAGAUCCAGUGUGGGAUGUCUCUGUGUCUUGGUAUUAACAGUACAUGGUAGGACUGUGACCCCUUUUCAUCACCUGCUCUCCCCCACCAUCAUUGACUGUAGUCUGUGUGUGUGUGUGUGUAUGUGUAUAAUAUAUAUAUAUAUACACACACACACACACCAGGCUGAAAAUUAUGAAAAUGGGUUUGUGCUCAACUUCAGAGUCCUUGCUUAUGGCAGCCUGCAAGAACUGGCUACUGUUAUGCAUUCAGGUAGCAGUCGGUCUGUAUGUGAUUAAUAAACUGCUUCCUGAUGUUUGUUUGUUUUUUUUUUCUUUUAAAUUGGCAUCCGCUCUGUGCACAGAGAAUGACUUAACUGUUGUUGCAGAAUGUCAGUCAUUUCCCUGCAGGG